CUACUAACCCUUCUCGUACACGACAAGCCAAUGGUUUGUGUUGCUGGCAGCGGAAGGAGUGUGCGUUUAGGACGAACAAUGAGUGAUCAGUUAAAGAUACUUUAUCGAAGUAAAGAUGUGUUGGUUGUUGACAAAAAUAUUGAUACUAAAAUUAAUUCAAACGAUGAAAGUAUCAACGAAGUCACAGUUGCAAAACAGCUAGCCAGUAACUUCCCCGAGCUAAUAGAUAACACGGUUGAAUUCGGAUUCAGAUUUGCACAUCGUUUGGACUAUGCAACCAGUGGUGUUCUGUGUAUUGCUUUAAAUAAAACCACAGCAGGAACCUUCCAGAAGUGUUUCAGCCAUAGGAAGAUACUGAAGCAUUAUCUGGCUCUCGUACAUGGUCAUGUGGAAGACAAGUGCUUGUUUAUUGAUGUUCCUAUUGGCCAGAGCUCCAUCCAUACUGACAUCUAUAGAAUGUGUGUGUCCAGCUCCCCACAUUGCAUCCAGCCUGUGAAGAGAUGCAGCACUGUUGCAGUGCGUCUGGAGACUGGUCUAUAUGAUGGGGCAGCUGCAUCUAAACUACUGUUGAUACCUCUGACAGGUCGAACCCAUCAACUGCGUGUGCACUGCUGUCAUAUUGGUCACCGUAUCAUCGGCGACUACAUGUACAGUGACCGCACUGAUACCCAGCCACCUCGCAUGAUGCUGCAUUCUUAUAGAAUACAUGUUCCGUUGAAGCCACAGCCUCUGGACAUCACUGCUCCAGACUACUUCGUGUCAGAAACAAACCCAUCGUGGCAGGCUACCCAUGUGUACACCACAUACCAGGAGUUUUGUGACUCUUUCUACACUCAGGGACCAGACAAUAUUGCUCUCAAUUUAACCGACUUAAGUCUAAAGACUGACAGUUGAAGAAGUUAAAGGAGUAAUGUGAACAGAUAACUUUGUGCCUUAGAUGUAUUCCUAGGAUCCACAAAGACAUGCAACUCCAAUGUGUUGAGAAUUGAGAGAAUAAAGACAGUAUCACUGUAGAAUGUGUUGGAUGAGCAGAUACUCAACUCCAAAAGAAAUGCAAAGAUGUUCGAUGGGCGAUAUCUUCAAACAGAAGUGAAAAAUAAAAUACAGUAACUGCAUUUUUAAUUAGACAAUGUUCCAUUUUAUUUCACAUAAUUCUCCAACCCGCAACUUGCGAUAAAUGCAUAAACAUGGAACAUUCCUUUUUACCAGAAGGUUUUUGUCGAUUCAUCAGGGAUCCAACAAUAGCUGUUGGUUUUGUAGUUACAUAGGACAUGGUGUUAUUUAUUUUUUUGUAGUUUGAUAUAACCAUAACACCAUGUCCUAGCUAACUCGAGGAAAACCGGACGAGGGCAGUCGGUCUUGCUGAAGCUGGAUGGAGCAUGUCACGAGUUGCCAGACACCUUGAUGUCCAUCAUCCACAACUUACAGGCUUCAGGAAUAUCAUCAGUUAAGUGGCUGACCGCGUGUGACAUCAGAUAGACAAGAUCGGAACAUCACAUCCCACAUGCAACAACUGCUCGAAUGACCUACCUGUCACUGAAGGUGAUUCAAAACGACAUUUAAACAUCAACGUGACCUACAUGAAGUUCAUGUAAUGCUAAGUGAAAUUAAAUAUGUUGCUAUAACCCUA